AUGGCCGUCGCUCUAGUCCCUUCAAAGGUUAGGUCUUUCUUUCGUCCUGGCUUGAAGAAAAGGAGAAGAUCAAGUAAUUCAUCCACCGAAUGUGAGCCUAAAAAGCUUAAGGAUGCGUCGACACACACUACUCACGAUGAUACCAAGGUUGGUCCUGAUCUCCAGCCGAAUAGCAAGUUCUUUCGUGACCUACCCAUCGAGAUUCGUAGAAUGAUAUACGAUCUUGUUUGGAUUGGUUCUUAUGAUCACAAAUACCAUGCGGUUCGUGGGCGUCAUCUCCAUUUUCAAAAUGGUCACUGGCAUAAUACACGAUGCGUCAUGUACGAGGAUGAUGAAGACUUGGAUUUAAUCCAGAAGAAUAUGGAUAGAAUCCAUGGUUCUGGAAGAGGUGACCUUCUAAUGUGGCAAAGAAGACUAUCUUCAACCUGGGGUUCUCGUCAUUGGAGAUGUGAAGAAAGAAUGCAAUAUGGUGGGAAGAGUAACAUAGAUCGUACGAACUUCAUGUCCAUGAUGCUAGUCUGCAAACGCAUGUUCCCCGAAGUUGUCGAGUCAAUCCUAGAAUCGCAUCAAUUCAUAUUCAACGACUUCUUCUCGGCACAUAGAUUUUUCGUCUAUGAUCCUUCGCCAUAUAUCCCCCAUAUACGUCAUCUGGACUUAUCGCUCAACCUUCCUUUCCACGCAUAUGCACCAUUGAUUACUGGUGGACCCAAAAGUCGUACAAGAGAUCUAUUCGACGCCCUGCGUGGGGUUUCAUGCUUACAUAGCGUGCGAAUCUCUCUAGACAUUUACGACCGUGGGCCAUGGCGAAAGAUCCCCGAGAAAGUUAUCGCAGCACAGUUGAAAGACUUGAAGGUGUUGAAAACCUUCACUCUCGAGUUGCCACCAUUGCUACCCAUUAAGGUACACCCAUCAAAUAUGGAAAGCCUUGACGGUCAAGAGGAUACAUCAUUCAAGGUUAUACGCCGCCCUCCUUUGCGUUACUGGCAGUUUAAUCCAGGUGAAGUGGAUCGGUUUACGUGGGAAACACAUACGAAGGGUCGAGAAAGUCACUGUUUCAUUAUCAUGGACAGAGAGGGGAUGAGCAUACCAAAUCCCUACUUGCUAGACUUUUUCUAA